CGACCGCAACGCAAAAACAACCAAAUUAAAUUACCACAACCAUGGCGAAGAAGGCGCUCGCCAAGGACCAGAUUGUUAAGCUGAUUGUCGGCGCCGGCCAGGCGAGUCCCAGUCCGCCUGUGGGUCCCGCGCUGGGUUCCAAGGGUGUGAAGAGUAUGGAUUUCUGCAAGGAGUUCAACGCCCGCACCGCGCACUACAUAACCGGCACCCCCAUCCCCGCCCGUAUAACCGUCCGCCCCGACCGCAGCUUCCACUUCUCCCUCCGCACACCCCCCACCGCAACGCUCCUCCUCACCGCCGCCGGUGCGCCCCUCAUUAAGUCCAAGAUCCGCGGCGCAGGUAACGUCCCCGGUCCCAUGAACAACCACGACGGCAACAAGGGCAAGACAAGUUCGAAUACUCCGACGAACGGGAAUGCGACGAAGGGGACGGUCGGGACGGUUAGUUUGAAGCAUGUUUAUGAGAUUGCGAAGAUUAAGCAGAGUGAGGGGAGGUUGAGUGGGUUGAGUUUGGAGGGAUUGGCGAGGAGUGUGGUGGGGCAGGCGGGGAGUUUGGGGGUGGUUGUUGUGCCGUAGAGGAGACAGAAGGAUCGUGGGCUGAAGUCAAGCGAUGGAUGGGCGGAUGAAGAGCAGGAGAAAGAAGCGCAGGUGAUGUUGUAGGAUACACACGCAUUUGCAUGGGCUGGAGUUCCCUGGGAGCCGACACGAAGGGCCGCGAAAUACCCGCGCUGUAUAUCUACUGUAGCGAAAGCCGUGUAAAUUAUAUUCAAAUUCUGGCAAUACUACUACCUCGAGGAGUCUGCGAACGACGGGCCAGAAAAUGCAGGGGAGAAUGUGAAGGUGGUCUCGACUUCGGCCCAGACGUCCGCCGGGAGCCAAGGAAGGACUGUCAACAUUGAAGUUCAACGCCGGCGAAAACAGUGGUGAAAGAUGGUAAAUCCCGGUUUGCAAGAAACGAUAUUGAUACUCACAAACAUUGG